CCGUCCCCACCACCACCCGCCGGUGCACUCCUUGCCCUACCCACAGAGCCCUCCGCCGGUCCUCCGCGCUCCCGCGCUCUGUUCCGCCCAGGUCGUGCCCAGCUGGAAUGCAGAGAUCGCCGCCCGGCUACGGCGCACAGGACGACCCGCCCGCCCGCCGCGACUGUGCAUGGGCCCCGGGAUCCGGGGCCGCAGCUGAGCUACGCGCCCUCCCCGCUGCACGCGCUGCCCCCGCCGUGCCCGCCGUCCCCGCCGUGCCUGCCUCGCCGCCCAGCCCGCAGCACAGUCCGCAGCACAGCCCCGAACCGGGGCGCUAUGGCCUCAGUCCAACUAGCCGCGGGGAACGCCAGACAGCCGACGAGUCGCGCAUCCGGCGACCCAUGAACGCCUUCAUGGUGUGGGCAAAGGACGAGCGCAAGCGGCUGGCUCAGCAGAACCCGGACCUGCACAACGCGGUGCUCAGCAAGAUGCUGGGCAAAGCGUGGAAGGAGCUCAACACAGCAGAGAAGCGGCCCUUCGUGGAGGAGGCCGAACGGCUGCGUGUGCAGCACUUGCGCGACCACCCCAACUACAAGUACCGGCCACGCCGCAAGAAGCAGGCUCGUAAGGCCCGGCGGCUGGAGCCCGGCCUCCUGCUCCCGGGCCUGGCGCCCCUGCAGCCGCCGCCCGAGCCUUUCCCCGCGGUGCCUGGCUCGGCUCGCGCCUUCCGCGAGCUGCCCUCAUUGGGUGCCGAGCUCGACGGCCUAGGGCUACCCACGCCUGAGCGCUCCCCUCUGGACGGCCUGGAACCCAGUGAAGCUGCCUUCUUCCCGCCGCCCGCGGCGCCCGAGGACUGUGCGCUGCGGGCCUUCUGUGCACCCUACGCUCCCGCAGAGCUGCCUCGGGACGCCAGUGGCUGCUUUGGGGCUCCCUUGGCGGAGGCGCUCAGGACCGUGCCCCAACCCGCGCCGCUCACGGGCUUCUACUAUGGCGCCCUGGGGGCGCCAGGCCAGUACCCCGGCCCGCUGUCGCCGCCUCCGGAGGCUCCGCCGCUGGAGGGCGCGGAGUCGCUGGGCCCUGCCGCCGACCUAUGGGCCGAUGUGGACCUCACCGAGUUCGACCAGUACCUCAACUGCAGCCGGACUCGGCCCGACGCCCCCGGGCUCCCAUACCACGUGGCGCUGGCCAAACUGGGCCCGCGCGCCAUGUCCUGCCCGGAGGAGAGCAGCCUGAUCUCGGCUCUGUCUGACGCCAGCAGUGCUGUCUACUACAGCGCGUGCAUUUCUGGCUAGACCUCCCCCAAACCCUGCCCUCGCAGCGCCUCCUUCCGCAACCACCACACCGCUGUGAAUCUCUGCUCUGCCUCAGCGUCUGUUUCAGCCUCGUGUAACAGCCCCUUAAGAGCCAAGGUCACUCUUGGCCUUGCACCCCACCUACCCAGGCUUCUGGGCCUCCAUCCGGGGACUCUAGGAGAGUCCCACAUGUCCCACGCUUUCCAGGGCGCCCAGGCUGGGCGCCUGUUGGCCGGCCCUGCCAGGAUUAAGUUUUUGAAAGGCUUUUACCCUUUUUUUCUAGUAUAUUUUCUAGAAGCAGA